CAAUUAUGGAUGACAGCUCGUUGCAGUCAUCGGCCCUGGGGAUGAGUUCCACAUUCGAGGGACCUGUGUACGCCAUUGGAAGGGUGAAGCCGAUCGAGAAACUUCUCCGUGCAGGUCAUUGGCAUGGCCGGAGGAAAAGACGAUUCCAUAAAGUCUAUGAGGAGGUACCUGCACACCAACAUUACCUUGCUACGCAUGUGUGGGUUCUACUCCAUGGAAGGCAUCUUCACCGGAGAGCCUUGCCGGUCCAACAUUUGGGAGUCGGUGUUCCUCUGCUUUCUGAUACCCUGCGAGUUCUUUAUGAUGAUCUGCGAGCUGCGCACGGUGUUCCGGGACUGGUCCCGAGAAAAAGAUCACAGCAUCGAAGCCGCCUGCGUAAUGUUCAUGGUGGGCAGUUGCGGUGCACAGGGCUGGGGACUGGUCUACAAAAGGGUGGAGGUCCGCGACCUUCUCCGGCGCUUGGUGCUCGCCUGGGGAACCCUAAAUCCUGCCAAUGAGACCAGCCAAAGGAUCACCGAGUCCAUGCAGAAGGUGGCCCACCAGACUACGAUUUAUUCCUGCUUCGCAGUGAGUGCUUGCGGCAUGUUCCUCGUUCGUCCUUAUGCAGACCUGCUGACACAGUAUAUGACGAAAAACUCAAGCGAGCCGUACAACUACGCAAAAACGGUUCUCGACCCUAUGUAUCCGUUUCCCGUAGACGACGUCUGGACUUUUCUCGCGGUUGUCAAUUUUGAACAGAUGUUGAGCGUGAUCAUGUUGAUGUACUGGGUCUCCAUAGAUUCGCUCUUUAUUCAGUGCACCAUGCAUAUCGGAGCCCACUUUGAGAUUUUAUACGAGGACUUGAUGAACAUCGUUGACAAAAGUAGGGAUGAGUUUUCGAGCUCGAAAGAGGACCGCGUCGUCGGAAAGCUAAUGGACAUCGCGGAGCGCCAUAUUAAACUCCUCGAACUCUGCGACGCCAUAGAAAAUAUCUUCAGUCCGAUUACCUUGAUAGUAAUGUUGGUGAUUGCGUUCAUCAUGUGUGUCGGUUUAUUCCAAUUUCAGAAGAUGCUGCUCGCAGGCAGCUACUUGGAAUGCUUGAAGUACUUUGCCCAGAUCACGUGUUUGGUGGGGAAGACCAUCGUUUUCUGCUUCUUCUCGAGCAUGCUUUCCGACAAGACCUCACUGAUCGGCGAUGCCGCAUAUGAAGGAGAGUGGAUGAACCGCAGUCGAAAGUUCAACAGUAUUCUUCUCCUGAUCUUGAUGCGAUCUCAAAAGUCAUUUCAUUGUACGGCGUAUGGUUUUUUCCCAGUCACCAUAGACCGAAUGACCAUCAUUUUUAAGACCGCCGGAUCUUACUUUACGCUGUUGAAAGCCAUGACAUGAACGCGACGUGCCUGUAGACCGUCGAGAGCAACGAACAUUUUUAAUACAAACAUGUGUACUUCGUAAUUUUUUUUUCUUCUUACCGACA